AUGUUGUUCAAGAGGCUUCUCUGGUCAUUUUUCGUCUUGGGGGCCACCGUUGUUGCCGACCUUCCUCCGAUUAAAGUCAAGGGGUCGAAAUUCUUCUUCGAGAACGGAACGCAAUUCUUCAUAAAAGGUAUAGCAUAUCAGCAAGAUACCGGCGCGGCAGGCGCCACCAGCACAAAGACGACCAAGUGUGUCGAUCCUCUAUCUGAUGAAAAGAUCUGUCAGCGAGAUAUCCCCUUGUUGAAAGAACUCGGGACAAACACUAUUCGAACCUACGCCAUUGACCCGUCUGCCGAUCAUUCGGCCUGCAUGGAGCUACUGCAAGACGCUGGCAUCUACGUGAUAUCGGACAUGGGUGAGCCCAGUCUCUCAAUUAACCGUGACAAUCCGCAGUGGAACACAAAGCUAUUUGAGCGUUAUCAAAAAGUUGUUGACGAGCUCGCGAAAUAUCCUAAUGUAAUUGGCUUUUUUGCUGGUAAUGAAGUUAGCGAUAAAAACAAUAACACUGAUGCCUCAGCCUAUGUUAAAGCCGCAGUGAGAGACACAAAGAAAUAUAUCAAGAAUCAUUCUAACAUCAAGCGAUGGCUUGGUGUGGGAUAUGCCGCUAAUGACGACAAGGACAUUCGAGACGAGAUUUCCAGCUACUUUAACUGUGAUAAGCAAGAGGAUUCUAUUGACUUCUGGGGCUAUAACAUCUACUCUUGGUGCGGGGAGAGCAAUAUCGAUCGCUCAAGCUACAGUAGACAUGCCGAUUAUUUCAAGACCUACUCUGUACCCGUGUUCUUUGCAGAGUAUGGUUGCAACGAGCCUGGUGGCGCCGAAGCACGUAUUUUCCAGGAAACCAGUGCCCUAUACUCGGACAAGAUGUCGAGCGUUUUCAGCGGCGGCAUUGUUUAUAUGUACUUCCAAGAAACAAACGACUACGGACUCGUCCAGGUCAAGGAUAGACAAGUCACAAGAAUGAAGAACUUUGAGGCAUUGAAGAAGCAAGUAGUCAAGGCUGAUCCCAAGGGCGUUUUUAUGAGUGACUACUCUCCGUCCGGAAAAAUGGGUGAAUGUCCGGCGCUGUCUAGCAACUGGAGAGCCAGCAAGUCUCUUCCACCAACGCCCGACCAAACCCUCUGCGAUUGCAUGGUCAAGUCUCUGUCAUGCAUACCGAAAAAAGACCUGUCUUCUGAAAAGUUUGGUAAAAUCUUUGGCUACAUCUGUGAAAAGGACAAGGCAGCUUGUGCUGGUAUUGACAGAAACACUACAACAGGUGUCUAUGGUGCAUAUAGCAUGUGUGAUGAUAGGGCUAAGCUUGCCUACAUCAUGGACACCUACUAUAAACACCAGAAGAAUGGAGCAUAUGCAUGUGACUUUGAUGGGGCAGCUAACACCCAAUCCCCUGAAAACGAUGCUUCUUGCGACGCUGCCAUCGCGAAAGCCAGUGCUGAAAAUGAUAGGGCCGCAACGGCUACGGGGCCUUCGGGUGCAGCAUCAACAGGGAAAGAUGACGAAAAUGCUGCUAGAGCUGUCUCCGUUUCUAACGGUUUGUACCCAUUUACAGUUGGCUUUUGUACGAUACUCUGGUUCUUCGUUGGUGGUGCUUUAGUUACGGUGUAGACGGUGGCAAAGGCAGUAUUUUGCGGA